AUGAUGAAUGAUUCACCAAAUCACAACACUUUAGUGGGUCGGAAUUCCGAGUUAACACCCAGCGCAAUGCGUGAUAACAACCUACGUGUACUAAGCCAUUGUGCUGCUAGCUCAGUUACUCACAGCCACGAAAACCAUCUGAAUCACUUGUCAAACUCUUCGAAUCACAAUUUUCUCUGCUCCGAAAAUGGUUUCAACAAAUCUCUUUCUACUUUUUCUACCUGUUCCAUUGACUCCUGUUUCCCUAGUCUCAACGUUUCAAUGGAGCAAAACUUAGCUACGGAUUAUUCGCAGUGUCAUUCUUGUGGUAGCUCUCCACCACCUCCAGCAUUAUCCCCUGUUAGCUCCUCACCAACACAUGGGAGCAACAAUCCGAACAAUCAACCAUCCUCUCCAUCUCCUCCGAUCAUUGUCGCUGAAAUUCGAGGUCCUUCAUCCAUUUCAUCCCUUUCAGCUUCCGAGAAAAGUUCUCAUGUCAGGGGUGCAUUCAAAAUGAUCAAUCAGCAUGCAUCUCAGAUCCGUAAUAGACCACCGAACUCUGGUUGCCCGCGAAUAAUAAGCGACAUAUCUAUAUCUAGUUCGAGCAGUUCAUCUUCGUCUACGUCUUCUUCGUCAAUUCUGAAUGAAACCAACCAUGCUGCUAAUGGUCUACCAAUCCUUGAGAAAAUUUCAAUCGUUCUUGGUUCACCUAAAAGACAGGUUGGUGAAAAUUCCGUGGUUCGCAACAGCAACACUGAUUCACCUCUGAAAACUGAGGAACCGAAGAUUCCGCAGUUGGUCUUAGAAAAUCGCAUAUACUCACCAAACAACCGGGAAAAAUUCUCAGAAAAGUUGGAUGACCCCGUUAAAGUUAGCUCCUUUGUUACGAAUGAAGAUACUAAUCAAAAUGUAGUAAAUGCUAAGCCAAAAGUGGCAACUAAACGAAAAGCACAAACUCGCUCAAGGCGUCGACCUAAAUCGAAGAAAGUUCGAGGUGACUCAGAUUCCGACUUCGAGCCAUUUUCUCAGUCCCAAACAAAUGGAUCUCGUGGAAGAGCCGAUGCUAGGGCUGUAAUUCGUCGAGUUCAACAAAAAGUUCAUAAUAAAAGAUCCGUUGGCUGUGUUUCUUCAGAUCCUGUUGGUGGUUCUACUGCAGAUAUUGCAAUUCGUCGAAAGUAUUUGGAAUCACCUUUCUUGUGCCUUUGUCAGGGGGGGAGGACAGUUUCCAGUCUUAUGAAAACUACAGAUGAUGUCACUAAAUACACAUGUAUUCCAUCCGGAUCAAAGACAAAUUCUAACAUCACGACCAUUGAUAAUGAAUCAGUGGAUUUGAAUUCGUCUUUCUCCGCCCAUAUAAUCAAUCCUGCCUUACGCGACUUAUCUAUCCAACAAUUUGGUAGUAAUGGCCCCUCAUAUGGUUGCAUUCCGGUCAGUUGUCCAUUUAAAGUUACUCUGAGUGGAAGUGAACCAAUGAAGGUUGAUAAAAAUGACAUGGGAGUUGAAUCUCGUAGUAUCCUAGCAGGUAUUACAUACAGACCAUCAGGCCCUCUUCGAGCUCGUGACUAUCAGUUUCCUGCAUCGAUGAAUCCCAAAAGUUUCUGGAUAUGUGCAUUCUGUGGUGAGGAUAACAACUAUACAGAACUUGGCUUUUUAUAUGGUCCUUACUGGCUCACAGAAGCUGAUAUGAAACUAUUGCCUGUAGAACUUACCUACGGUUCUACGGAUGAAUAUCAGCCUCCUGAUGCAGAGACUCAGGCUACCAAGCCAACGGUUCCUGUAUCCAGACGUGCGAGAAGUAUAGAAAAAGCUAUCCGCUCUGGUGUUAUCACAUCCACGACUACGCGGUCUGCUGCAGCUGAAGGGCGUCCCACGGUUGCAAAUACUGGUGUUCUUCGCCUGGUCAUCAAAGCCUCAAAUACUCAAUCCUUGUCAGCGAAAUCUCCUGAAGAGUCUAAGGGCGCAAAAGAGGUCACCUGCUGUAAACCCAGAAUAGGAUCAAAUGGUGAAGUAUGGUUCCAUUUUGAAUGUGUUCUUUGGGCUCCUGGUACUUAUUUAAACGGGAACGGUAUCGUUGGUGGGCUCGGAGAAGCGUUGCAACUAGCUCUCAAUGCAAAUUGUUCAUAUUGUCACAAACCUGGCGCGAUUUUGAGUUGUUGUAAUCGAGGAUGUAAUCUAAGUUAUCAUUAUCAAUGUGCACAUAAAGCUGAAUGUCAUUUGGAUCGGGAUCAGUAUAUCCUCUUGUGUAAAAAGCACCACAUCUAUUCAUAA